CACAGAUGUUCAGAAGAGCGUUGACUGAAUGCGGGGCGUUGUGCUUCGCCUGAUAGAAGCUGGCUUGAUGCUUUGUGUGGUGAGCGUCAUUGUGUCUGCAUUUGUUUACCUCACUAGUGCACAGUUUUCGGGGCAGUCAUGACAUUAAAUAAAUGCCGGAUACUUCAGGAAUGAUAUUAUGAAUGAUCGAGCGGACCUGGAUAUAUCGACUGCUUGGGAUUUAUGUUUCUUACGGUCUCAGCUUUGGAAUGUUAAAUGGCGCUUGUGGGAUCUCGGGCUUCUCAGCAAAUGAGAGCUUUUCAAACAGUCAAUUCGACAUCUCAGCAUGCUAUUUUAGCAGCUGCUCAACCAUAUUAUCAUCCAACAGUAAAUUCCCAAGAUGCGAAACCCGACAGGCCUAUAGGCUAUGGAGCAUUCGGAGUGGUUUGGUCGGUUACGGAUCCUCGUGAUGGCAAGUUGGUUGCUUUGAAGAAAAUGCCCAAUGUCUUCCAAAAUUUGGUCUCAAGCAAAAGAGUCUACCGGGAGAUAAAGAUGCUAUGUUUCUUCAAGCAUGAAAAUGUUUUGUCAGCUCUUGAUCUUCUACAGCCACCUAGUAUUGACUUUUUUCAAGAAAUCUAUGUGAUCACUGAACUGAUGCAGAGUGAUUUGCAUAAAAUCAUUGUUUCUCCUCAGCCACUAAGUGCAGACCAUAUCAAAGUUUUUUUAUAUCAGAUUUUAAGAGGUUUAAAGUAUCUUCAUUCAUCAAACAUACUGCAUAGAGAUAUCAAACCUGGAAACCUCCUAGUAAAUAGUAAUUGUGUAUUAAAGAUUUGUGACUUUGGUCUUGCGCGAGUUGCUGAAGAGAAUCGCAAUAGGAGCAUGACGUUAGAAGUUGUGACCCAGUAUUAUCGAGCUCCAGAGCUUUUAAUGGGAGCUCGGCAUUACAGUUCUGCAGUAGACAUGUGGUCAGUAGGAUGUAUAUUUGCUGAAUUACUUGGACGUCGAAUAUUAUUUCAAGCUCAAUCACCUAUUCAGCAGCUGGAGCUUAUAACGGAUCUCUUGGGAACACCAUCUAUAGAUGACAUGAAGUAUGCGUGCAAAGGUGCUAAAACUCACAUCCUUAAAAAGGCUCACAAACUGCCAACACUUUCCAAACUUUAUGUCUUGUCAUCCCACUCGAAUUCUGAAGCUGUGCAUCUUCUUAGUCAAAUGUUAAUGUUCAAUGCAGACUUAAGGAUCUCUUGUGAAAAGGCAUUGGCUCAUCCAUAUCUUGAUGAAGGAAGGUUGCGAUAUCAUUCCUGUAUGUGCACAUGUUGCUACACCACGCAAGCAGGUCGUCAUUAUACUGAUGAUUUUGAGCCUGUUGCCAAUGAGCCUUUUGAUGACUCAUUUGAAAAAAAUUUGCAGUCAGUUUAUCAUGUUAAAGAAAAACUUCAUUCUUUUAUAUCAGAACACUGUCAAAGAGCAUCACGUGUUCCUCUGUGCAUUAAUCCACAAUCUGCAGCAUUUACAAGCUUUACUAGCUCAACUGUUGCUCAUCCAUCAGAAUUACCGCCAUCUCCUCAUCAGUGGGAAUAAUGCAUGGACUAGCCAAAUAAGAUUUCAUUCUGUGAUGCAGAGUACCCAGUACUUCCCUCCUGGUUACUCGCAAGCAUAUUGUGUUCAUUAGUUAUUUUCCAUAUAUUUUUUUUAAUUUUGAAUGUUAAUUUAUUCCAUACAAUGUUUGUGAAACAAGUAAAUAGUAAUCAAUAAAUCUGAGCUAACAGAUUAUUGUAACUUUUUUAUAAAGUACAAUCAUUUUAUUUUGUAACUCAUGCUACAUAGGAAGAUGAGCAUGCAUGAUACGUCUUUCCGUUAUAUUUUAAAAGUAUCAAGAGUAAUGAGAAUGAAACAUAAAAUACAUUACAUCAUUAUUUGUUAUUUUGCUAGUGAAAUUUAUGUAUUUUAUGAUUGUUAUAACAUUAAGUUAAUUGCCAUUUUUUAAUUCACCCCCCCCCCUUUCCCAACCUGGAUUUAUUAGAAUAUUUCCACAAUUAAGCAUCAUUAGAAUUAUAUUUUCCAUGUUUCAUUCACAUUACUAGUAUUGUUGUAGUUAUUGGUGAAAUUUCUUAGAUUUUUCAGCAGGUUGAAAUGAGGCUAGCUUAAAAAUCAGCUUUAAAAAAAAAAAAAGUAGUUUCUUUUGUUUGUUUUUUAAGAUGAAAGCUAUAUUUUGCUAUUCAACGUGAAGAUUAUUUUGUUGUAAACCUUACCCAACCUAUGUUUUGAGCACUGCAUACAAGUUUCUUUCAAAGAUUAAUGGAAAUUUUUAUUUAGUCUGAUAUUCACUAUCCAAAAUUCAUUUGACUUGAAGCAGACUUUAUAAAGAAGAUUCAAGUCUUUGAACUUGAUUAUCAUCUCUGUUAAGAGACAUCUUUAUGAGUAAUUUUAGUGAAUUUGUUGCCGAAUUCAUGUUAAGUAUUCCGUUAUGCUGUAGAGCACAGAAUAUGGGGUGUAAAAUUUACAAGGGGUGACAAAAUCCCAAAAUCGCAAAAAAAAAAUGAUAAGUUUGCACUACUACCCUUCACUUGCCCACAACGGUAUUAGUUUCUUUUUGCAGUACUGUGGUUUUUUGAAACUAUUUUUAAUAACUAUAGCUCUCACAUACUGUCAAAAUGUUCAGUCAUCAUCAUGGCUGAAAUUUAUUUGACAUUAUAAUUCAAAAUGAACCUUUUAAUGUAAUUGCAUCUUAGCUAAAAAUAUAAAAUAUUUAUUACUUAUGUUUUGGCACUUGUUAUCUAAUUUUUUACAUUAGAUUUUUUAAAAAAUGAUUUUUGAGCUGACUUUUUCCUUCUACAUUUAUGUUGAUUUUUUGACGAUAGUGAAAAUAAAUGUCUAAGGAAAUUUUCUCUGAAAGUUUUAGAAUUGUUUUAAAAUGAGCCUUAUUCAUGUUAGUACACUGUAUUUGGUUAGUGAAAACUUAGUAAUUUCAUUAACAUGUUAAUGUAAUAAUCUUUGAGAUACAUCAAAUUGUUUUUAAUUGUACAUGACGUGUCAGAAUUUUAAAUGAUCAAAAAAAAAAAUAAUAAUAAUAUUUUUAUACAUUUCUUGUAAAUUACUAAAUUGUAAAAAAAAAUUAUAAGAUGUGUAGAUAUAAACUUACUGCUUUUGAUUUUGCUUCCCCCAAAUUUUACGAUAGACUUUGUGGCUCUGUCUAGCCGCAAAACAAUUAUCAAUCUUGUAGUUUAUGUUUAUAAAACUUGAUUAUGUAGUUAUAUUCAUUGUAUACAUUAAUUUUAAAAAAUGAAUAAAGAAUCCAAAACCUUUAUAAAAUUAAUCAUUCAACUGGAACUUACUCUUUAGCAUGUUUUGGAUAAACAGAAAAAUGAUCGUUAAUAUUUGUCUUCAAAACUAUACAGCUGUUCAAAUUUAUAUAAUUAAUUUUACUAUGUAUUUUUAGAUUAUAGCUGAAAGAACUCAUGAUUUGUAUGGAAAAUAAAUAAUACAAUAUUGGAAUUACGUACAUUGUCUAUCGUGCCUUUUUAUGUUGGGUGUUGAAAUUUGUAUUUUGUUUAUAAAAAGGAACAUUUGAGGCUUUAAAAGUUGUUUUAUCCAGUGAAUACUGGUAACUAUUAGAUUUUUGUAUGCUAAUACAUUAGCAUUAUUUUAUAUCAAGUGCAUGUAUUGCAUGUUACUAAAUGUGAUAAUCCUUAUUUUGUUGAAUUGUUUGUGCCUUGUUCAACUCUGCAUAAAUGUUACUUUUUAAAACAUUAUUUAAAUUUUCUUAGAAAUCAAGUUGGUUAUUUAAUUAGUUCUGGGCAUUAAUAAAUGUUGCUUUUCUACAAUAAUUAACACUUAUGAGUGCAAAAAAAAAAAAAAGAUAUCUAAUGAUUCUUUUCUUUUAAUUUUACAAAUAAAAGGCCAGUAUAUCGGCUGUUGUGAACAAAAUUCCUUCCAUUAUAUAAUUUUCACUCAAGCAUUCAUUUGAGAUGAAAUUAUUUGCCUUAAUCAUAACACACCUUUUGAAGCGUUUGAUUGCACUGUACUUUAGAAUGUUUUGAUCUAGAAAACUUUCUUGAAAAAGAAUAAGGUAACUAUUUGCUACUCUCUGUAAAUAUUUUAAUCCCUCACCCCCAUUAUCCUCGGCCUUUACAUUCAGAAAGAUAAAGCCUUUACUGUAAGAUUAAAUUGACAAUCAUUUAGAACUAAAUUCAUGUUGCAUAAAAUCAGUUGCUAUUACAAAAUUAAGCAUCUAGGACUGAAUCCUGUCAUGUAUAUUGUACAUAUCAUGCAUUCAUGUGAACUCUUAAUUCUGAAAUAACUUUUGAAAGCAAGUUUGUUUGAUUUCAGAAAUUCAGUUAACCUCAUGGGAUAACAACAUGAAUUGACUUAGAAUAUAUGUAUUACCAUACUUCUUGUAAGAAAACAUUGAAUUGUAAACUGAAGAAUACUUAUCAAUAUUUCUGUAGAGGUAUAAAGUUAUGCAUAAAUUUCAUAGUUGAUUUCAUAACCAAUGAGCAGUAUUAAAAAAAAAUUAUUAAAAGUGAAUUUUGUUUGUAUACUUACCCUGUGAAAAAAUUAAUCCAAAUUACAAGUUUAAAAUAUGCAUGAGCCACGAACGAUAAGUAAAUUUAUGAGUGGCAUGUUAUUGUAAAAAUAUAAAUUCCUCAGGGUUGCCAACCUUGGUGAAACAAUUUGAGGAGCGUUUGUGGUGACUUUGAGGAGUAUUUUGCGAAGUAGCUCGGUAUUUAGCAUAAAAUUUAAUUAAAAAAAACUGAAACCAACUAUCAAAAAUAGUUCUUGAACUUUGAUAAUCAUUUUAAGCACUAGCAUGAAAACAGCAUCUAAAUCUACAUUAAGCGAUGUAUAAACAGCUGCAAACACCCGGCCCCGGGGGGGGGGGGAUAACUUUUUUUUUGCGGAGCUGGGGAGUAUUGCUAUUUUUGCAGAGCACCUCCGCAAGAUGCGGAGCAGUUGGCAGCCCUGAUUCCUGAAGACAUUUACGUUAAAACAGUAAGUAAAUGAAAUACUAAGUCAUUACAGGCAAGUUACUUGGGUUAACAGAUGCACAAUAAGUUAAUACAUUUUAUAAAGUUGUUUAAAUGUUCACUGCCACAGAGCCAAGGAACCCUUUGUAUAUACUGUUAAAAAGAUGAAAUGUAAAUAUGUUUAUAUUCCAAUAUGCAGGGAUAAAAAUGUACUGAGGUACAAAACUUGCUAUAUUAUUUAUGCCUAAUAAUAUAUGUGAUAAAUACCAUUCUUGCAAACACGUAAAAGUAAACUUGAACACAGCUUUACAUAAUAGGAAUUCUUUAUGCUCAGUCUAUUUUAAUGUAAAGUGUGUUUGAGUAUAUUGCUAAGGAAAACUACAUUCUUCAAUAUUUUAAUGAAAACACUUGGUCGCUAAUUGUUCCUUUUUUUAUUUAUUUAAUCUAUUGUGUGCUGUCUUGUUAGUCUCUUAUUUAAAUGAUUUCAUUUUGUUGUAGUUUUCCUUGGUAUGCUUGCCACUGGUUAUGAAUUUUGUGGCACAU